UUUACAUGAUCUCACACUGCUUCAAUAAUGUUGAGGUCCGAGCUCCUGGGAGGCCAAUCCAUGACUGGUAGUGUUUUCUAUCCCGGUCUCUUUUUACUGCAUUGGCAGUGUGUUUGGGAUCAUUGUCAUUUCAUUUCAAAAACUUUAAUGUGCUGAAUUAAAAUCAGAGAUUUCGUUAAUAAUGAAGAAAUGUUUAAAAAAAAUGGGCAGAUUCUGUGGCAAGUUCUGUCCUGUUCUGCAUAUCCAUCAGUAUCAGAAUAAUCCACCGACAGUCAGAAAUACAUUACCUGGUGUAAAGCAAAAAGGAUACGUUAAUAAUCAGCAAUAAAAAUAAAAUUGCCAUUCCUGUCUCAUGAAGCCACACCUCAACACAGAUUGACGGGGACACACACACACGCAGAAGCAACACUUUAAGUAUAUUCAGAUAUGCCAUUAUAUUGAUUCAUUAUUAUAAAAGCAGUCAGAACAGCAAUAACAACAAUAAUAAUAAUAAUGAAAUUGUUAUUGUACUUUGGGUCGCAUUUUGCACAUUAUUAUGAGUCAAGUCACGCCUACUUCUGAACAAAAUAGUAAAAACAUAUUUCAGACAUUGCUUAUUUUUCGUAUAUCUGUAAAGCUUUUUGAAUAUUUCUUUCUUUCGCGAUUUUUACAUUUUGUUCCUACCCACGAGUGUGGUUUUACAUAGCCUUGUUUGUGUUUUCGAUCCUGUUGUAAAUAGCCUGUUAUGUAAACCUGAAUUGCCUCGUUUAAAGGUCGCAUACAAACAGGCUGCUGUACAUGUCAGUUGCCGUGAUGUCACUGUUAUUCAUAGGUUUAGCAGUUAUAUUAUGACUACAUAAUUACAAAAGAAGUGUCGCCGGGAUGGAUUGAAGGCAUAACUUCCUUCAUCGGGGGCCCUGCCUGAAAGGAUAAUUCGGCUCGGUUCCCUCCAAUCAUCAGUCUCUCUGUCAGCUGUAUGUAUCGUUAGCCCAGCAGCUAGCUGCAGCUCACCAGGCCAGAGCGGCCGGCCGGUGCAUCAUCAUCCUCAGCUCCCAGCCAUGGCGUUGGUUACUCUGCAGCGGUCCCCGACCCCGAGCGCCGCUUCCACCGCCAGCACAGCAACUACGACCGCGGGGGAGGAUUUUGGGAGUGAAGAUGAACGGCGAGUAAAUCUGAGCCUGAGUGAGAGCUUCUUCAUGGUGAAGGGUGCUGCUCUCUUUCUGCAGCAGGGAAGCAGUCACCAGGGCCAGAAAGCACAUCCUCAUCACAAACAUGCAGGUGACUUACCUCAACACCUGCAGGUGAUGAUAAACAUUCUUCGAUCAGAGGACAGAAUCAAACUGGCGGUACGGCUGGAGAGUGCAUGGUCAGAUCGUGUGCGGUACAUGGUGGUGGUGUACACCAGUGGGCGACAAGACACAGAGGAGAACAUCCUUCUGGGAAUCGACUUCACCAACAAAGACUGUAAAAGCUGCUCGAUAGGCAUGGUGCUACCUCUGUGGAGCGAUACAAAGAUCCACUUGGAUGGAGAUGGGGGUUUUACUGUGAACACGGCAGGUCGGACUCAUGUCUUCAAACCCGUGUCAGUGCAGGCUAUGUGGUCAGCCCUGCAGGUUCUGCACAAAGCAUGCGAGGUUUCACGCAGGUAUAACUAUUUCCCUGGAGGAAUGGCUCUCACCUGGAUGGGCUACUAUGAGAGCUGCAUUGCUUCAGACCAGAGCUGCAUCAACGAGUGGAACGCCAUGAAGGACUUGGAGACCACACGACCAGACUCACCCACCAUGUUUGUCGACAAGCCUUCAGAGAGAGAGAGGACAGAGUGCCUUAUUAAAGCAAAACUCAGAAGCAUCAUGACGUGCCAGGACCUUGAGAACGUCACCUCCAAACAGAUCCGUACAGAGUUGGAGCAACACAUGAACUGCAACCUUAAGGAAUACAAAGAGUUCAUUGAUAAUGAGAUGCUGUUGAUCCUGGGUCAGAUGGACAAAGCCACCCUCAUCUUUGACCAUGUCUACCUGGGCUCUGAAUGGAAUGCAUCUAAUUUGGAGGAGCUGCAAGAGUCAGGGGUGGCCUAUAUACUCAAUGUAACCCGAGAAAUAGACAACUUCUUUCCAGGCACAUUCAGUUAUCACAACAUACGCGUCUACGAUGAAGAGGCCACCGACCUGCUUGCUCACUGGAACAACACAUAUAACUUCAUUGUUAAAGCAAAAAAGAACCGCUCCAAGUGUCUCGUUCACUGCAAGAUGGGUGUCAGUCGGUCUGCCUCCACCGUCAUCGCUUAUGCCAUGAAGGAGUACGGCUGGUCACUAGAGAAAGCUUAUAACUUUGUCAAGCAAAAGAGGAGCAUCACGCAACCCAACCCAGCUUUCAUGAGACAGCUGGCAGAAUACGAAGGCAUCUUGGAUGCCAGUAAACAACGGCACAACAAGCUCUGGCAUCCAGACGGAGACUGUGAGAUGGCCGAGGGACAGCAGGGAAUGGCUCAGUGCUGCAGAGGAGAGGAGGGAGGCAUCCUGACUCCAGAUCCAGGAAUGUCUCCCUGCUGUGAGGAAGCACUAUCUGAUAAAGGUGCAGCGUGCCCCUCCCCAUGCAGGACUGUUCCCCUGGAGAACGACCCAGCCUACAACAACUAUUACUUCCGCCGUCUCUCUGACUCUGCGCUGGACAGUGAACCAUCAACACCUGUGCGCGGCCCUCCCCUUCUCGGCAUGGAGAAGGUCUUUAUAGAAAUUGAGGAUGUGGAAAGGGAUGCUCUGCUGGAUGACGAGGCCUUUGAUGGCCGUGAGGGCUUGCCGCUCCCCCACUUUGGGCCGACGGCAGAGGGGACUGCGGCCCAGACCUGCAGUCGUGGUCCGGAGCCCCUUGAGGAGCUGCGUCUGAGGCUGGAAUUCAGCACAGUGGAGGAGGAGGAGGAGGAGGACGUGCAAAAGGAGGAGGCAGAGAUGGAGGUAUUAAUGCAGCCAGAUGAUGAAGGCGGUGGUGAAACGCAAGAUGUCGAAGUAGAGGGUAAUGGGAUGGACCUGGCAAGUCUCAAUGAAAAUUCCAACAAUAACAACCAUUUCAGCACUCCAUGCAACUACAAUAAAAAAGCUUCCUCCAUCCUUCUUCCAGCCGAUGCUUCUACGCCACUGCCUUGGUGUGAUCAGACCAAGUCUUAUCUGAAACGAGAUUCUCCAAACUUGGCUUCUAAGCGUUGCCUUAACCUGACUCCUCCCGAAGUCCCAAGUGCUUCAUUCCUACAGUCCCAUACCUCAGCUGAAGGCCUCAGAUCCUCAGUGGGACUGCGGUGCCCCUGUGGGCCUCUGUGUGACUGUGCCAACUGUGCUGCCUCCCCAACCAAGGCUCCACUUGAAAGAGAGGAACAGCUUGGAGAAUCACUGCAGUUAGUAGAGCCUGAGCAUAAUGGGGAGUUCUCUGAAGUAAAGACUGAGCUUGAUGAGAGUCAGUCUGCUAGUGCCUCAGAGGCUCUCCCUGAGCUGAUGAAAAUCGAUUCUGAGGACGACAAGCCUGCAGUGGCUUGCUACCUUGGCCAACAACAGGAGACCCUUUUACAGCUGCGACAAUCUGGGUUGGUCCGCCGCCGUGCAGAGAGACUAGAGAGACUUGCGGGUUUAUCUCAGGAAAGCCUGAACUCUCUGAAGCCUUUGCACGGAUGCCAAAUGUCCCAAAAGAGUCCCUUUCACACUGAGGAGGACGAGGAGUUCUCCAGCGACUUCGCUAAAUCUUCAACGCCAUGCCAAGUGCGGUUAGAGCCACUGGUCGUGCCACUGACCAAUGAAGCCUUGUUGGGGGUGGUGGGGUCUGGGCUGCUUACACCCACCUCCUCGCCUCAUGGCUCCACCUUGACACGCAGCUCCAGCAGUGACAGCCUGAGGAGCGUGAGGGGGAAGCCUGGCCUCGUACGCCAGAGGGCACAGGAGAUCGAGACCCGCAUGCGGCUAGCAGGCCUUACUGUGCCCUCGAGGCUGAAGCGGUCCAACUCGCUGGCCAAGUUGGGCAGCCUCAACUUGUCCUCCGAGGACCUGUGUUCAGUCUGCUCCUCAGAUGCAGGAACACUCCUGCUCCUCUCACUGUCGCCAGAGCCAGACCCCAGCUUGGACUGGGACUCCCCGACCACCUCUGCGCUAUCCCGGCCCCGCAAGGACUUGCACACUCCAGAGAGGGCACGACCAGGUGAACCUAGAAGCUGACAAAUCAAGUGGAGGCUGUAUACGGUCCACUCAUCCCCUCUUCUGUCACCCUGCGGGGCUGAAGAAGGUUGUACAGAUUCUGGAAACGGGAAAGGGUCGAGUCUGAGAAAAUAAAAAGAAAGCCAACUGUUGUUAUAAGGAGUGUAUGCUCUCCUUUGCCACAUUGUUUCUCAAACUGCUGUUCACAGUGAUGAAAGUCAUAUUGCUGUAUCUGAGAAGUGUGUAAAGCCAUCAGUUCACCUCUAAGUUGUUUGAUUUAUGGACAAACAAGUGCCUUACCUACGAGACCAGAGGCACAGAGCUGUGUGUUCGUCCGCAGAACGAGACGGUACGGUGAUCUGUAACCUUUAAUUUGGUGUCCACUGGCACUUAUCUUAUUUUUAUCUGUCGGGUACAAAGUGGUAGCCUACAUUGAUGAACUUGAUUCCCUCAAAGAGCUUCACAUAAAGCAAACUGUUGAAUAAACAUAGUUGUUUACCACACGGUUUAUGUUUAAGAUGCUAGCGGGUUGUAAAAUUAAUGGUUACCUCAUGUUGUGUUCAUGGAGCUUUUGCUCACAUGAACGCCAACCAAGAGUUCAAGUCAGUUCAGUUGCUGAUGUCUAGUUAAAGUGAGGAAAUCAGUUUGGUUUUUAAAUCCAUUUUAAUGCAUUUACUAUGUGUUAGUCCCUGAGUGAGUGAAUGGGAUGAGAGUAGAGAGGAGAGGUAACUUUUUGCCAGAGGCACGCUCACUGUUCUCAACAAACAGAAACAUUUCUGAGUUUGUUGUUCCUUUGCACUGCUUUUUUAUUGAGUGAAUACUGGUACACAACAAGCUAUCUUCCAAAAUAACAUUGGAGUAAUGUUAUUGACCUCAUCAUUCCCUACAAUGUUCACUGUUCUUGGAGAGCGGAGUGUGGAGUCACACUACAUGGCUGAAAAUCAUAAAGCGUGACAGAAACUGGGGAUUUAUGACAGCUAAAGUUAGCUGAACAUUCUUGACAAAACAACAGAAAACAUUACAACAUUCUUUACCUUAAAAUUAUUUAAGGGUUGCCAACAUUUUUAGCUCACAACAUUUUUUUACUUUUUUUUUUUUUUUUUCAAUGUGAAAGACCAAAGUGUUUUUGUUUUUUUUGUUUUUUUAAGUUUUUUAAUUUUGGCUGUCUUAAAUAGGAAAUGCCGUUGAAGCUGUAUAAAACAUGUGAAUCAUAACGUCAAUCACGUACAUAUUUAAAUGCUGUCACAUCUGUUUUGCACCUUUUGGGAGAAACAAAAGAGACUCGUUGGAGUCACCGGGCUCAUAGCUGUUAAGCUUUUACACUCAUAUCAUUAAUGAGUUCUGAAGCUUUUGUCACACUGACGUGACAGCGAUCACAGUAGGUUACUUCAUGGUUUGGUAACCAUUUUCUUUUUAUAUUUAAGUAUGCAGUAAUUUUUGUACUGUACAUUGCUGUAGUUUGAAUGCAUAUUGCACUUUUUAUGUUGGUAAAGAUACUGUACUGUAUGUGUUAAUUAUGGAAAUAAACAUUUCUUUUACAUAA